AUGCUUGAUAGGGUCCUUGAAGGACAGCAGAACCUGACGGUGGACUUCAAUGGGAAGAUUGAUUCUGUCUACAACAACCUGAACACAAAGUUUGAGACUCUGAGCACUAAUGUGAAGAAGCUUGCGAUGCAAGUAGUUCGGACAGGAGAAGCUGUUAAGAGGCAAGAAGCCUUAGCAAUGGGGGUAAAAGAUGAUGCAAUGAAGCACCACGUGAAUGCCAUCACAGAUGAUGAUUUCUGGCAAGUGGUGAAGCAUGAGAAGCUGCAAGAAGGAGAUUUCGAACAAGACACCCACAUCCACCCAACCCUAUUUAUGUCAACAUCGAUCGGCAAACUGAGCCAGCCAUCGAUCAACAACGAGAGACCACCACCGAUCAACAACCUCCAGUACCCAUCGAUCGACGAUUACCUCUCACAUUCCGAGUGCAGUUGCCAAAGAUCAAUAUCGCACGGAUCAUUGCACUCAGGCCAAAACCUUCAGCUGACCCACCAGAGACCACCAGUACACAUUCAGAAGAUGCACCAGAGCCUAUGCAAGUUGAUAAGAAUCCGAUGGGGGAGAAUAUUGAGGAAGAGAAAGGAAGAGGUUGCUAAGAAUCUGAAGAGGGGAGCUAAUGAGAAGAAGAUGGACAAUUUUCUUAAGCGAUUCCUUAGGAUUCCACUGGAGAAACCAUUCGAGGAAGUCUACUUCACCCACAUAUUGUGGAUGUUCUUCAGAGAGACCAAGGAAACUGAAGAGGACAUUAGGAGAAUGUUCCACGAAGCAAGAGAUAAGAUGAAGAAUAGGAUUACACUGAAGAAGAAGAGUUAUCCUGGGAAGUUUGCAAUACCAUGUCUGGUGAAGGGUAUUGAGUUCCGACAUGCAUUAUGCAACACAAGAGCAUCAGUCAGCAUUCUACCUAGGGUUAUGGCAGACCAUCUAGGUCUGAAGGUAGAGCCCUCCAAGGAAUCGUUCACUUUUGUGGAUUGGUCUCAGAGGAAUUGUCAGAGACCUUGA